CUGAGAUCAUGCUUUGUUGCGUAUAAAUACUAUGAAUGCGCGUCCAGCAAAUUGCUGACUCGUCGACCACAACUUACAAACAUAGAUAUUUCGAUGACAUCAUUUUCCAUCAGCGCUUGAACUGAUCCCUGCAUGAUGGUUAUACCUCAGACUCUUCUAGAGCAACUCAAGAAAGUUAAUCCCGCUGCUGAGUUCUCUGGAUCACUCCCAAGGAUUCGAUCAUCUCUGGGCGACACGUAUUUUGCCAAAGUUGGGCGUCCGAGCGAAGCUGAACAGUAUAAAGGAGAGGUCGAGUCACUUAAAGCCAUUAAUACCGCUGCGCCCGGUCUCGCACCCAAGAUCAUCGCGUCUGGGGUUGACAAUGGUCACCCAUAUUUUAUCUCAGAUUAUAAGGACCUUCGGGGCUUAUCGGACAACGCUGGAGCGGAGCUUGGAAAGCGUUUGGCUACCGAAUUACACCAGUACAGUUCUGACCGCGGAUUUGGAUUUCACGUGCCGACGUUUUGUGGGGCAACCCGCAUGAAAAACGGGUGGUUUGACACUUGGGAGGAAUGCUACAGUGAAAUGAUAGGAGACUUGCUUAGCCAACUCAAGGGGAAGGGCGCGAGGUACAACAAGCUCUGUCGGAAGGGAGAGGAGAUAAAGGCGAGGGUCAUUCCAAGGCUUCUAGGUCCAUUGAAGAUUAAGCCAGCAUUAUUGCACGGGGAUCUGUGGAGCGGAAACACGGGACUCGAGAGAUUAACCGGACGACCGAUAAUAUUUGACCCAUCGUCAUUCUAUGGGCAUAACGAGGCGGACCUCGCUAUCGCGAGAAUAUUCGGCGGAAUUCCUCAGUCAUUUUUUGCAGUAUAUCACCAACAUUUCCCAAAAACCGAGCCUAUCGAACAAUACGAACUGCGAGGUGAUUUGUAUGAACUCUUCCAUUAUUUGAAUCAUACCAUCUUGUUCGGAGUAAGUGCACUCACCAAAGUAUUGGAUUAACGUUGAAUGGGACUCAUAGGGAGGCUACGCGUCAAGUGCAGAAGGAAAAAUGGACAAACUGCUAAGAGAGCAGUAAAAUUCUUGUGAAGCUUUUAUAUAACAGAUAUAAACAAUGCGAGCCAUUCAAGCUCAACACCUGUAAACAUUAGCUGAAUAACAUCUUGAUCUACAACCACAGGGACAACCUUUACCUACCUAGUUCUGCCUAGGCAUUUUACGGCGUGUCCACCCCAAACCGUACGACUUGCUAUCAGAAGGUUAUCCAGCUGCUUGAAGGGCACGAUUCGAGCUCUGAAGUUCGAUUUCGCUUUUUUGGCGUCUGAAAUUGGGACAUGAGUCAAGGUAUC